AUGCCUGCCUUCCGUCAAGUGGGGGAGAAGCAGCUCCCCAACCCUGUUCUGUGUAUGGCAUGGUCUCCAAAGAGGGAUCUCAUUGCCCUCGCGAACACUGCUGGCGAGGUAGGGAAAGAAACACACCCACAUACAGUGGGGAGAACAAGUAUUUGAUACACUGCCGAUUUUGCAGGUUUCCCUACUUACAAAGCAUGUAGAGGUCUGUAAUUUUUAUCAUAGGUACACUUCAACUGUGAGAGACGGAAUCUAAAACAAAAAUCCAGAAAAUCACAUUGUAUGAUUUUUAAGUAAUUAAUUAGCAUUUUAUUGCAUGACAUAAGUAUUUGAUACAUCAGAAAAGCAGAACUUAAUAUUUGGUACAGAAACCUUUGUUUGCAGUUACAGAGAUCAUACGUUUCCUGUAGGUCUUGACCAGGUUUGCACACACUGCAGCAGGGAUUUUGGCCCACUCCUCCAUACAGACCUUCUCCAGAUCCUUCAGGUUUCGUGGCUGUCGCUGGGCAAUACGGACUUUCAGCUCCCUCCAAAGAUUUUCUAUUGGGUUCAGGUCUGGAGACUGGCUAGGCCACUCCAGGACCUUGAGAUGCUUCUUACGGAGCCACUCCUUAGUUGCCCUGGCUGUGUGUUUCGGGUCGUUGUCAUGCUGGAAGACCCAGCCACGACCCAUCUUCAAUGCUCUUACUGAGGGAAGGAGGUUGUUGGCCAAGAUCUCGCGAUACAUGGCCCCAUCCAUCCUCCCCUCAAUAAGGUGCAGUCGUCCUGUCCCCUUUGCAGAAAAGCAUCCCCAAAGAAUGAUGUUUCCACCUCCAUGCUUCACGGUUGGGAUGGUGUUCUUGGGGUUGUACUCAUCCUUCUUCUUCCUCCAAACACGGCGAGUGGAGUUUAGACCAAAAAGCUCUAUUUUUGUCUCAUCAGACCACAUGACCUUCUCCCAUUCCUCCUCUGGAUCAUCCAGAUGGUCAUUGGCAAACUUCAGAUGGGCCUGGACAUGCACUGGCUUGAGCAGGGGGACCUUGCGUGCGCUGCAGGAUUUUAAUCCAUGACGGCGUAGUGUGUUACUAAUGGUUUUCUUUGAGACUGUGGUCCCAGCUUUCUUCAGGUCAUUGACCAGGUCCUGCCGUGUAGUUCUGGGCUGAUCCCUCACCUUCCUCAUGAUCAUUGAUGCCCCACGAGGUGAGAUCUUGCAUGGAGCCCCAGACCGAGGGUGAUUGACUGUCAUCUUGAACUUCUUCCAUUUUCUAAUAAUUGCGCCAACAGUUGUUGCCUUCUCACCAAGCUGCUUGCCUAUUGUCCUGUAGCCCAUCCCAGCCUUGUGCAGGUCUACAAUUGUAUCCCUGAUGUCCUUACACAGCUCUCUGGUCUUGGCCAUUGUGGAGAGGUUGGAGUCUGUUUGAUUGAGUGUGUGGACAGGUGUCUUUUAUACAGGUAACGAGUUCAAACAGGUGCAGUUAAUACAGGUAAUGAGUGGAGAACAGGAGGGCUUCUUAAAGAAAAACUAACAGGUCUGUGAGAGCCGGAAUUCUUACUGGUUGGUAGGUGAUCAAAUACUUAUGUCAUGCAAUAAAAUGCAAAUUAAUUACUUAAAAAUCAUACAAUGUGAUUUUCUGGAUUUUUGUUUUAGAUUCCGUCUCUCAAAGUUGAAGUGUACCUAUGAUAAAAAUUACAGACCUCUACAUGCUUUGUAAGUAGGAAAACCUGCAAAAUCGGCAGUGUAUCAAAUACUUGUUCUCCCCACUGUAUGUUUCAUACCCAGAUUAAUGCCAGAUCACAUUUGCUUAUAUUGGGAGUAAUUUCAUUAAUCUGUCUGUCAAUCGAUGUUUGUGUUGUAGCUGCUACUGCAUCGCCUUGCCAAUUUCCAGCGUGUUUGGAGCUUGCCACCCAAUGAGAAUACGGGAAAGGAGAUCACUGCGCUUGCUUGGAGACCUGAUGGCAAAAGUAAGAGAUGGCAAGAGAUGGACCUGAUUAUCUUAAAUUACUAAUCACAUUGGAAGCAUUGCAUAGUUACGUUACUUUACCACUGUUGCAACAAUAAACCAUACACUCAACACAACAUUAUUUACUACAUUUACAUUUCCAUUUUUAGCAGACGCUCUUAUCCAGAGCGACUUACAGUUAGUGCGUGCAUACAUUAUUUAUUUUUCAUACUGGCCCCCCGUGGGAACUACAGUGUGUCAGCCUCUGCAUUUGUUUCACUGCCUAUCUAAUGUGUGUCCUCUGUGCUGUGUUCAGUCCUGGCCUUUAGCCUUGGGGACACUAAGCUGGUGGUGCUAUGUGAUGCAGAGAAGGCAGAGAUCCUUCACCUGUUUUCAGUGGAGAACCCUGUGUCCUGCAUGCACUGGAUGGAGGUGCUGGAGGAGAGCAGGUCUGCAGGGGGGAGGAGUGGUUACACUAGACUUCUAUUUAAGUGUGUGUGAACGGUGUACUCAAAUAUUAACCUCCUGUCUUUUAGCGUCCUCAACUCAUUCUACACCUCUGAAGACGAGUCCAACCUUUUUCUUCCCAAGUUGCCAACUCUUCCCAAGAGGUAAACAUGUCUGUAUAAUGUCACUGACAACACAUCAAUCAUUUGACAUUUAUUCAAGUAAAAUACAUUUAGGAAAACUUGGUUCUUGGUUCUUGUGUUGACACAAACAGUAGAGCAUUUUUCUUGUUUUGUGCCAUCUGCCCCCUACUAAAGGAAUGUUUUGUUUCUUCUCAGCUACAGUACUACAUCAAAGAUAUUCAGGUAUGUUUAUAUAUCUUCAGCGACAGUGAUUCAUUUAAAUGAUAUUUCAGACAAUCUGUCUGCAUUAGAAAACAUGUGUUUUCAUAACCAACUCACUGUCUCGUAGUGAGGAGAAGUCAGACGAGAUCCUGAACCUGUUAGGAGAAGUGAGGUGUGUGCUGAAAGUUUCACAUGCUUUAUUAUUGAACAUUUUGUUAAAGCACAAUCUCAUUUACACAUACAAAUACUUACACAUCCGUCAAUUGUCUGCAGACUAAACAUCCUGGUUCUUGGUGGAGGUUCCGGCUUUGUGGAGCUGUAUGCCUAUGGGAUGUAUAAGAUCGCCACUUUACCAGGGGUAAGAUUGCACUCACACACUUAUGCACUGGUUCACUCACCCACUCUCUGCAGUGACUAUGAUGUAACCAACAGAUUAUCUUCGUCAGGUUCCUGGGACAUGUCGCAGCCUGUGUCUGUCCAGUGACCUGAAGUCCUUGUCUAUCAUCACAGAGAUCAGGUCAGCUGACAACGACCCAGAGAUCUGCUACAUCCAGGUAAUCAGUUAUGCCCACAUUUAAGUGAAAUGAAGCAUGUUUCUGACCCAUCAUGUCAUCUUCUAUGUUCUUCACUUAUUUGAGGUCUUUCUCUGUGUAUGUUUUUUGUCUCCUCCAGCUCGACACAGGGCUGCUGUCCGAAUGUCUCCCUGAGGUCACCAGGAUGGCACGCAAGUUCACCCACAUCUCCACUCUGCUGCAGGUCAGUGCCCUCCUUAUGUAACUAAUAUGACUAGAAGUCUCCUCAUAGUUCAUAUUUCCAUGGAGGUAUUUGAGGGCAUUCAUCAGACUAGUCUGGCUAUUGGUCUUUCUUUCUCUCUCUCCAACUUAUUCUGUCUCUCUCUGUAUCUUUCCUUCAGUACCUGCGUCUCUCUCUCACCUGUAUGUGUGAGGCUUGGGAGGAUAUCCUCAUGCAGAUGGACCUUCGGCUCACUAAGUUCGUUCAGGUCAGUGGUCACUGUUUAGGGCCCGGUUUCCCAAAAGCAUCUUAAGGCUAAGUUCAUCGUUAGAACCUUCGUAGGAGCAUCGAUAAAUAUCCGAGCUGUUUCCCAAAACCAUCGAUAUUAAAGUUGCGCAUGUAAAUGAACGGCUACCUCAGACCACUCGUAGAAUAGAUAAAUGCGUUGUUAGAUAUUUUUUGGCGCUUCCGCGUCACUUUAUACAGACGAGAUCUCCUCUAAAUACAAAAUCAAGAUGUUUAUCGCCAAUAACUUCAGAAUGAAUGUGAACACAAAUACAAAGGUGCCAAUGUUUUUGCAAUUGUUACAAACAAGCGAAGCAUAUAAAGAUGUUUCAAAUGAAAACCGAGAUGACUGAAUUAAAAGAUACAUACAGUAUAGGCUAUAGAGAACAAGUAUUUGAUACACUGCCGAUUUUGCAGGUUUUCCUACUUACAAAGCAUGUAGAGGUCUGUAAUUUUUAUCAUAGGUACACUUCAACUGUGAGAGACGGAAAAUCACAUUGUAUGAUUUUUAAGUAAUUGAUUUGCAUUUUAUUGCAUGACAUAAGUAUUUGAUACAUCAGAAAAGCAGAACUUAAUAUUUGGUACAGAAACCUUUGUUUGCAAUUACAGAGAUCAUACGUUUCCUGUAGGUCUUGACCAGGUUUGCACACACUGCAGCAGGGAUUUUGGCCCACUCCUCCAUACAGACCUUCUCCAGAUCCUUCAGGUUUCGGGGCUGUCGCUGGGCAAUACGGGCUUUCAGCUCCCUCCAAAGAGUUUAUAUUGGGUUCAGGUCUGGAGACUGGCUAGGCCACUCCAGGACCUUGAGAUGCUUCUUACGGAGCCACUCCUUAGUUGCCCUGGCUGUGUGUUUCGGGUCGUUGUCAUGCUGGAAGACCCAGCCACGACCCAUCUUCAAUGCUCUUACUGAGGGAAGGAGGUUGUUGGCCAAGAUCUCGCGAUACAUGGCCCCAUCCAUCCUCCCCUCAAUACGGUGCAGUCGUCCUGUCCCCUUUGCAGAAAAGCAUCCCAAAAUAAUGAUGUUUCCACCUCCAUGCUUCACGGUUGGGAUGGUGUUCUUGGGGUUGUACUCAUCCUUCUUCUUCCUCCAAACACGGCGAGUGGAGUUUAGACCAAAAAGCUCUAUUUUUGUCUCAUCAGACCACAUGACCUUCUCCCAUUCCUCCUCUGGAUCAUCCAGAUGGUCAUUGGCAAACUUCAGAAGGGCCUGGACAUGCGCUGGCUUGAGCAGGGGGACCUUGCGUGCGCUGCAGGAUUUUAAUCCAUGACGGCGUAGUGUGUUACUAAUGGUUUUCUUUGAGACUGUAGUCCCAGCUCUCUUCAGGUCAUUGACCAGGUCCUGCCGUGUAGUUCUGGGCUGAUCCCUCACCUUCCUCAUGAUCAUUGAUGCCCCACGAGGUGAGAUCUUGCAUGGAGCCCCAGACCGAGGGUGAUUGACCGUCAUCUUGAACUUCUUCCAUUUUUGUUUUAGAUUCCGUCUCUCAAAGUUUAAAUGUACCUAUGAUAAAAAUUACAGACCUCUACAUGCUUUGUAAGUAGGAAAACCUGCAAAAUCGGCAGUGUAUCAAAUACUUGUUCUCCCCACUGUAUGUCAAUGAUAUAGAAAUACAUUUCAUGUUCAUUCAAUUGAGUUCUAUUUUGCUAAUUGUAGGCUACUGUCUGUAAUUUUUGCCUCAAUAUAUUUCAUGAUGUGUAACGUGCGCACUGAUGUGCCAAAGAUUUAGUGCAUUAUUAUAGGGUAAACAUUAGAAUAAGCCUCCUCAAUAUUUGUAGCCAUAGGUGUUAAUCUCUCAUAGGAGCUGAUCCGUCGUCAGUAUUGUGGAAUCAUUCUAAUGUUAAGGUAAUAUUUGAAAGGGAGCGCUGAACGCUGAUCCCAGAGCAGCGCAGCCUUUCUUUCGAUCCUAUCAGUAUCGACACAUGCCUCAACGACGCACUUAGCGAAGGUUCUCUCUGCGUGGUCUUUUUGGAAACGCAUUACAUCUUCGGCCGUUAUAGGAAAGAUGCAUCAUUAAAACACUCGUAAGCCUAAGUUCUAUCAGGAAACCGGGCCCCGUUCAGUCUGCCUCCAGCCCAUUUUCCAAUAAUGACAGCACACCUAAAAGACUUGAUCUGAACCAAUUCCUGUUUUUAGGAGAAGAACACCAGCACACAAGUCCAGGAUGAGUUUCUGGAGCUUCUACUAUGGGGACAGUCGAGGUGAGAAAAGUGUUACUGUGAUCCAAUGACACUGUCCUCCACAGAACAUGCUUUCUAAUAAGUAAUAUAGUAUGUAGUUGUGAGCACUAAUGCAAAAAGAUGUUCAACAGGCCUUUCAUUUGUGAUGUAGUGCUUCAAAGGGUCCUGUAGGUGGCACUACAGGACAUAAACCUAAUCUGACAUGGAAAAAACUGAUUUUGAGAUGUCAAAAGUUUUUUUAUGUGCAGACUUUAACCGAAUUCUCUAUUUUUAACCAGCCCUGAACUACAGGCUCUCCUCAUGAAUCAGCUGACCGUCAAGGUGAGCUGAAUAAUAAAGUUGUUAAAAGAUUGAGUAUGAUUGUGGGUGGUCAUUUUGUAGCUUUGUAAGACUGAUGUGAUUUUUUUGUGUUUCAUAGGGGCUGAAGAAGCUGGGCCAGUCUAUAGAAACCUCUUACUCCAGCAUUCAGAAGCUGGUGAUCAGCCACCUGCAGAGGUAGCAACUCAACUGCCAUGAAUAAUUAUCUCUUCUCUUAUCGUGACCCAUAAUGCCCUUUUUCGGGACCAUACAAUGCAAAUGUCAAGAAAUUGAUUGUGAUACCAAUCCCCUCUUUUCCUCUCCUCUCUCCAGUGGUUCAGAGGCUCUGUUGUACCACCUCAGUGAGGUGAAGGGGAUGUCUCUAUGGAAACAGAAGUUCCAGCCUCUAGGCCUGGACUCAGCAGCUAUAGAAGGUAUAGUGCUUAGAUCAUGCAAUUAAUUAAUUAGUCUGUGAUGAGAUCAGGGCUUGACUGGAACAUUAGUUACAUUUUAUUACAUUUUACAUUUACGUCAUUUAGCAGACGCUCUUAUCCAGAGCGACUUACAGUUUGUGAAUACAUAUAUAUAUAUAUAUUUUUUUAUACUGGCCCCCCGUGGGAAUCGAACCCACAACCCUGGCGUUGCAAACGCCGUGCUCUAUCAACUGAGCUACAUCCCUGCCGGCCAUUCCCUCCCCUACCCUGGACGGCACAGGGCCAAUUGUGCGCCGCCCAUGAGUCUCCCGGUCGCGGCCGGCUGCGACAGAGCCUGGAUUCGAACCAGGAUCUCUAGUGGCACAGUUAGCACUGCGAUGCAGUGCCUUAGACCACUGCGCCACUCAGGAGACUCAGGAGACUAGUUCUAAGCUGCUCGCAGGAUUUUACCUCAAAUUAAAGUUAUGUGAAUAUUUCUGUUUUGUUAUAGAUGCCAUUACAGCUGUGGGUUCAUUCACUUUGAAAGCCAACGAACUUCUACAGUGAGUUUGCAUGCUUAUUGAUAUGCUAUUAGAUUAGUAUUUUGUUAUUUUAAUAUCACAUUUUCAACCCUGGUGUUUGUUAAACCUCUCCCCCUCAUGUCAUUUCUCACUGUCUGUCUCUUACUCAGAGUGAUUGACAAGAGCAUGAAGAACUUCAAAGCCUUUUUCCGGUGGCUGUAUGUAGGUAAGACCUCACCUUUUUUGGGAGCUUGAGAUAUAGCACCUUUUAGCGACUGAUGGAACAUUUGGUAUAUUUAAAAUAUCAUUGAUUAUUAAAUGCAAGUGUUUUAAUGCAUUUUCCUGCAGCUAUGCUAAGGAUGUCAGAGGACCACGUCCCUCCAGAACUCAAUAAGGUGAGAUUCAGGUUGUGAACGUGAGACAGAGGAAGAGUUGAUCAAAGUAGUGUGAUAAACUGUUCCAUAUGUAAACCGUUGGUAUAAUGUCAAUCUAUCCCAUUGACCUCAGAUGACCCAGAAGGACAUUGCCUUUGUGGCAGACUUCCUGUCUGAGCACUUCAGUGAGGUAAGAUUUAUUGGAUAAAUAGAAUAGCACUUAAUUUCCACAGCUUUUCACAAACUAGCCAAUUACAUGCCCUCUCCUCUGCUCUGACAGAACGAAGAGCUGUUUGACCGGAAAGGGAAGUACUUUAAUGUGGAGCGGGUCGGUCAGGUGAGGGACAAGUGUAGUCUGACUGUGUGUAUUUUAGUGUGUGUGUGAUCAGUGUACAAUGACACACUUUUUGUCCUUUCUUUGCAGUACCUGAAGGAUGAGGAUGAGGAUCUAGUGUCUCCGCCCAACACCAAGGGGAACCAAUGGCUGAAGUUUCUGCAGGAGAGCACACACUUGAAAGGUGAACUAUAACCUUUAUCUCAGAAGAGACAACUAUGCAGGACGUGUGUGGUUAUUAUCAUUCUAAUUAGAUUUGUUUAUUUAAAAAAAUCACCUUUAUUUAACCAGGUAGGCCAGUUGAGAACAAGUUCUCAUUUACAACUGCGACCUGGCCAAGAUAAAGCAAAGCAGUGCGAUUAAAAACAACAACAACACAGAGUUACAUAUGGGAUAAACAAAAUCGUACAGUCAAUAACACAAUAGAAAAUCUAUAUACAGUGUGUGCAAAUGUAGUAAGUUAUGGAGGUAAGGCAAUAAAUAGGCCAUAGUGCAAAAUAAUUACAAUUUAGUAUUAACACUGGAGUGAGAGAUGUGCAAAAUAUGAUGUGCAAAUAGAGAUACUGGGGGUGAAAAUGAGCAAAAUAAAUAACAAUAUGGGGAUGAGGUAGUUGGGUGGGCUAAUUUCAGAUGGGCUGUGUACAGGUGCAGUGAUCGGUAAGGUGCUCUGACAACUGAUACUUAAAGUUAGUGAGGGAGAUAAGAGUCUCCAGCUUCAGAGAUUUUUGCAGUUCGUUCCAGUCAUUGGCAGCAGAGAACUGGAAGGAAUGGCAGCCAAAGGAGGUGUUGGCUUUGGGGAUGACCAGUGAGAUAUACCUGCUGGAGCGUAGACUAUGGGUGGGUGUUGCUAUGGUGACCAAUGAGCUAAGAUAAAGCAGGGAUUUGCCUAGCAGUGAUUUAUAGAUGGCCUGGAGCCAGUGGGUUUGGCGACGAAUAUGUAGUGAGGGCCAGCCAACAAGAGCGUACAGGUCACAGUGGUGGGUAGUAUAUGGGGCUUUGGUGACAAAAUGGAUGGCACUGUGAUAGACUAUAUCCAAUUUGCUGAGUAGAGUGUUGGAGGCUAACCAGACACCUAGGUAUUUGUAGUUGUCCACAUAUUCUAAGUCAGACCCGCCGAGAGUAGUGAUUCUAGUCGGGCGGGCGGGUGCAAGCAACGUUCGAUUGAAGAGCAUGCAUUUAGUUUUACUAGCAUUUAAGAGCAAUUGGAGGCUACGGAAGGAGUGUUGUAUGGCAUUGAAGCUCGUUUCGAGGUUUGUUAACACAGUGUCCAAUGAAGGGCCAGAUGUGUCGUCUGCGUAGAGGUGGAUCUGAGAGUCACCAGCAGCAAGAGCGACAUCAUUGAUAUACACAGAGAAUAGAGUCGGCCCGAGAAUUGAACCCUGUGGCACCCCCAUAGAGACUGCCAGAGGUCCAGACAACAGGCCCUCCGAUUUGACACAUUGAACUCUAUCUGAGAAGUAGUUGGUGAACCAGGCGAGGCAGUCAUUUGAGAAACGAAGGCUAUUUAGUCUGCCAAUAAGAAUGCGGUGAUUGACAGAGUCGAAAGCCUUGGCCAGGUCGAUGAAGACGGCUGCACAGUACUGUCUUUUAUCGAUCACUGUUACUAUAUCGUUUAGGACCUUGAGCGUGGCUGAGGUGCACCCAUGACCAGCUCAGAAACCAGAUUGCAUAGCGGAGAAGGUACGGUGGGAUUCGAAAUGGUCGGUGAUCUGUUUGUUAACUUGGCUUUCACAUACUUUCAAAAAGCAGGGCAGGAUGGAUAUAGGUCUGUAACAGUUUGGAUCUAGAGUGUCACCCCCUUUGAAGAGGGGGAUGACCGCGGCAGCUUUCCAAUCUCUGGGGAUCUCAGACGAUACGAAAGAGAGGUUGAACAGGCUAGUAAUAGGGGUUGCGACAAUUUCGGCGGCUAAUUUUAGAAAGAUUGUCUAGCCCAGCUGAUUUGUAGGGGUCCAGAUUUUGCAGCUCUUUGAGAACAUCAGCUAUCUGAAUUUGGGUGAAGGAGAAGGGGGGGGGGCAUGGGCAAGUUGCAGAGCUGGUGGCCAGGGUAGGGGUAGCCAGGUGGAAAGCAUGGCCAGCCGUAGCAAAAUGCUUGUUAAAAUUCUCGAUUAUCGUAGAUUUAUCAGUGGUGAUAGUGUUUCCUAGCCUCAGUGCAGUGGGCAGCUGGGAGGAGGUGCUCUUAUUCUCCAUGGACUUUACAGUGUCCCAAAACUUUUUGGAGUUAGUGCUACAGGAUGCAAAUUUCUGUUUGAAAAAGCUAGCCUUUGCUUUCCUAACUGAUAUUGGUUCCUGACUUCCCUGAAAAGUUGCAUAUCGCGGGCGCUGUUCGAUGCUAAUGCAGUACGCCACAGGAUGUUUUUGUGCUGGUCAAGGGCAAUCAAGUCUGGGGUGAACCAGGGGCUAUAUCUGUUCUUUUUGAAUGGGGCAUGCUUAUUUAAGAUGGAGAGGAAAGCACUUUUAAAGAACAACCAGGUAUCCUCUACUGACGGAAUGAGGUCAAUAUCCAUCCAGGAUACCCGGGCCAGGUCAAUUAGAAAGGCCUGCUCGCUGAAGUGUUUUCGGGAAUGUUUGACAGUGAUGAGGGGUGGUCGUUUGACCACGGACCCAUUACGGACGCAGGCAAUGAGGCAGUGAUCGCUGAGAUCCUGGUUGAAGAUGGAGGAAGAUUGGUUUGGCAUUGUUUUUCUCUAUUGUUGUGACUGAUCGCCUUACUGAACUGACAUUGUACCUAAUUGAUUGGUUUAUCCAGAGAGCCCGCUCCUCUUCCCUUCGUACCCUCAGAAGUCCCUACACUUUGUGAAGAGGAUGAUGGAGGGGGUGAUUGAGUUGUGUCUACAGAAACCUGCUGUAAGUCUAAAACACAAACACACACACACACACACACACACACACACACACACACACACACAAUGAAACCCAUAUUCAUUUGCCUUUAGAACUGAAGUGUAGACCACUUAAUUUGGUCCCUGGCAUAAGAAGCACUUUGCCAAAGUUUUUCUUACAAAUAAGAAAGUAAUUUGGCCCACACUGCUGUGUGAAACUUGGCUCAGAAUCUGCUGAGUCAUGCAUUCAUAAGACUGCCAGAAGUUCCAGGAAGCUAUAAAUCUAACUCUCCACAACAGAGUUUUCAUCUUGCAGUAUAUCCCUCUCUCCCUCCUCCUUCUCACACACUAGUUUAGUUACCUUGUCCAUCACUUCUCUAUCCUCCUUCUCAACUUUUGUUUUGUUUUCCGGUGGUAAUAGGAUUUCACUGCAGUAACAAGCCACACAUCGCCACCACAGGAGGUUGGUGGGACCUUAAUUGGGGAGAAAGGGCUUGUGGUAAUGACUGAAGCAGAAUUAGUUGAAUGGUAUCAAACACAUGGUUUCCAUGGUUUCCAGGUGUUUGAUGCCAUUCCAUUUGUUCCGUUCCGUCUGUUUAUUAUGAGCCGUUCUCCCUUCAGCAGCCUCCUGUGAUCGCCACAUACAGUGGGGAAAAAAAGUAGUUAGUCAGCCACCAAUUGUGCAAGUUCUCCCACUUAGAAAGAUGAGAGGCCUGUAAUUUUCAUCAUAGGUACACGUCAACUAUGACAGACAAAAUGAGAAAAUAAAAUCCAGAAAAUCACAUAGUAGGAUUUUUUAUGAAUUUAUUUGCAAAUUAUGAUGGAAAAUAAGUAUUUGGUCAAUAACAAAGGUUUCUCAAUACUUUGUUAUAUACCCUUUGUUGGCAAUGACACAGGUCAAAUGUUUUCUGUAAGUCUUCACAAGGUUUUCACACACUGUUGCUGGUAUUUUGGCCCAUUCCUCCAUGCAGAUCUCUAGAGCAGUGAUAUUUUGGGGCUGUCGCUGGGCAACACAGACGUUCAACUCCCUCCAAAGAUGUUCUAUGGGGUUGAGAUCUGGAGACUGGCUAGGCCACUCCAGGACCUUGAAAUGCUUCUUACGAAGCCACUCCUUCGUUGCCUGGGCGGUGUGUUUGGGAUCAUUGUCAUGCUGAAAGACCCAGCCACGUUUCAUCUUCAAUGCCCUUGCUGAUGGAAGGAGGUUUUCACUCAAAAUCUCACGAUACAUGGCCCCAUUCAUUCUUUCCUUUACACGGAUCAGUCGUCCUGGUCCCUUUGCAGAAAAACAGCCCCAAAGCAUGAUGUUUCCACCCCCAUGCUUCACAGUAGGUAUGGUGUUCUUUGGAUGCAACUCAGCAUUCUUUGUCCUCCAAACACGACGAGUUGAGUUUUUACCAAAAAGUUCUAUUUCGGUUUCAUCUGACCAUAUGACAUUCUCCCAAUCCUCUUCUGGAUCAUCCAAAUGCACUCUAGCAAACUUCAGACGGGCCUGGACAUGUACUGGCUUAAGCAGGGGGACACGUCUGACACUGCAGGAUUUGAGUCCCUGGCGGCGUAGUGUGUUACUGAUGGUAGGCUUUGUUACUUUGGUCCCAGCUCUCUGCAGGUCAUUCACUAGGUCCCCCCGUGUGGUUCUGGGAUUUUUGCUCACCGUUCAUGUGAUCAUUUUGACCCCACGGGGUGAGAUCUUGCGUGGAGCCCCAGAUCGAGGGAGAUUAUCAGUGGUCUUGUAUGUCUUCCAUUUCCUAAUAAUUGCUCCCACAGUUGAUUUCUUCAAACCAAGCUGCUUACCUAUUGCAGAUUCAGUCUUCCCAGCCUGGUGCAGGUCUACAAUUUUGUUUCUGGUGUCCUUUGACAGCUCUUUGGUCUUGGCCAUAGUGGAGUUUGGAGUGUGACUGUUUGAGGUUGUGGACAGGUGUCUUUUAUAAUGAUAACAAGUUCAAACAGGUGCCAUUAAUACAGGUAACGAGUGGAGGACAGAGGAGCCUCUUACAGAAGAAGUUACAGGUCUGUGAGAGCCAGAAAUCUUGCUUGUUUGUAGGUGACCAAAUACUUAUUUUCCACCAUAAUUUGCAAAUAAAUUCAUUACAAAUCCUACAAUGUGAUUUUCUGGAUUUUUUUUCAUAGUUGACGUGUACCUAUGAUGAAAAUUACAGGCCUCUCUCAUCUUUUUAAGUGGGAGAACUUGGCCAAUUGGUGGCUGACUAAAUACUUUUUCCCCCCCACUGUACCCAAGGAACACUGUUAGCAUGUUACAGGUUCAUGAAACGGUUAUCUUUCUAAUUCAAUUAGUUUUCCAUGACUAGAUAGCAGUGUUGAGAGAUUACAUAAAUCCAAAAGAAGUCAUAUGAAUUUGAGUCAUGACAUGACACUAGUUGUGUUGAUACUGAUUUGUUCUCUGUUUGUAGGAGGUCAUUGGAAGGUCUGUGAAACAGGCUGUUUGUUUACCUCUCUACACUGUGCCAGAGAGGUAAGGACAUAUUUAUCUUCUCUUCACAAUAACAGUUGUAUUUAAUCAAUUGUGUUUAUUAAUUUGUGGUAUGUUUAUUUGUUUCAUUUUAUUGUUUCUGUCUUUGCAGCUCAGAAAACACUCCAAGGCUUUUUGAACUUCCAUCAUUGUAAGUAACAAAAAAACAUAUUGUCAUUUUUCUCAUAUCACCAAAACACUCUCCUCAUAAUGGUAAUGAAGAUAAUGUAUAUUACCAAGGUUAUUAUUAUGUUAACAUUGAUGCACAUUUUUUAUUGAUGUCCAGGUACAAUGAUAAGAAGACCAAUAUGCACUAUGGAGUGUUCUGCAUGCCAGAGAUUUCACCCUGCAAGCUUUACCUACUGCGGAAGUGUACUGACCCAUGCAGGUACAAUACAACACUGCACCCUAUUUUAAUCUGGUUCAAUCCAGAUUUGCUUUGUCGUUGAUCCCCAAAUAGCUCAAUGUCUAUGCUUUUUUUGUUUGUCUGACUGUUAUAUAUUUUUAUGUCUGUUGUCACAGGCCUGUUCCCAAUGGUCUCAUGGCGAUAGAUCUGAGUAAAGUUCUCUGUCACAGUAAUGAUGAUGCUGCUGCUGGAGUCAGGUGAGUGCCUCUCUUGUCUUCCUCUCUUUGCUAGAAUCCUAAAACUCAAUUACCGCAACCUCUACUAUACAGGCAAAUUAUGGGCUCAUGUAUUGCAUAUUACUUUGCUCUUAUGAUGAUCUGCAAUUGAUUCCCUGUGCGUUUUUAUUAGUGUUAAUGAUUGUUAUAGAACCACGUUGUCUGUGUUUCAGUUCUGACUGUGUGUACAGUUGCCAGGAUGCUCGUUUCUAUGAUGACGAGACAUUGACAGUGGUGCUGCGAGCAUCAGAAGAGGAGGAAAACAGGGGGCGUGUCCUUGCCCAGCUCCCUCUUGGCUCUGCCCUCAGCUGUGAGCAGGAGUUCAACUGGGACCCCAGUCUUAGGUGUGUGUGAUUGAAACACCUGUCUCCCUAACAUGCAAACCUAGUCCUAUAUUCCUAAACCCAAGUAGUGACCUACUCGUAACUGUAACCUACAACUCACCUCAAACCCUCAAUUAUGAUCUACCUGAUUACAAGCUGAAACUCAAGACUUGCACGUAAACACCAACUAUAACCCUAACCUGUAAUUCACCUGUUCUACACUAGAGAUUUACUGUAGGUAUUUGCUGUGUGUCUACUUUAGUUAUCUCCACUGUACUAGUCACCAUGGGUCACCUGUGGUAUCUGUAUUCUCAGAUUGGACCAGCAGAGCGGCACCAUCCCUGUCAAGGGGCUGGUGCUAGAGAACCAGUGGCGAGACUUGGAGAACAUGAAGGCCCAGUUUGUGGCUGUGAAUGGGAUCCGGAAAGUGGCCUGUGUGGUAAGACAAUGGAAAGGGUAUUCCCUUACUAAGGUUUUAUCUGGCUUCACUAAGCAGCGAUGCACCUCAAUGACCAUGUAUUGAACACCAAAACAGUUUGGCCUAACAGUGGUUCAGAAUCUCUGUCUGAGGUCCCUCUGUCUUUUCCCUCUCUCAGCUGAGCUCCAACCUGCGGCACGUCCGUGUGUAUGAGAUGGACGUGGAAGAUGAGGAGGAUGAAGAGCGGCCUGAGUCGCAGAACGCCAGCUCUGACCAGGACGGCCUGGAGGAGAUGCCAGCCAUCCAGGGGGAGGCAGAGGGAGGAGAGACCGAGGGAGGGGGACAAAGUGCUAAGGAGCAACUGGAGUCUGGGGAAGCACUGGAGCUCUCAUAGCAAAACCUUGGCCACGUUCAGUUGCCAAAUGUUCUCGAACGUUGCAGAUAGAAAUGCCAUGAAUAGAGCUGAUGUGAUUCCUUAUUCUACAUGUCAGAGGCGUGUUUCUUCUACAUAGGCAAUUUCUAUCUGAACGUUCUAAAACGUUGCGUCCUGCUGAACGCGCACCUUAUCUAGGCUAGAAUAACAACUCAACAACCCCCCACCCUGUACUUUUGCAGUAAUCAUAAUCAAUGCCACCAUUGCAAAGCCGUCGUCCCCCUCCCAGCACUUUUAUCUCUCACAAAGUAAGAAAUAAAUGUUUUGAUAAGAAAACAGGCUUCUGGUUUAUGUUUUGAUGUGGUUGUUCCCUAUGUCUGUAAGGCAAGUGUAGAUUGGUCUCUAGAUAGAUAAUGUAACAUGGAUCUGAUCCUCACAGAUAAGAGUCAAGAAUUCUGUUUUGAUCAACUAAUGCUUCAGUCAUAAAUGUAGUAUUUUAAGAUGAGAGUUUAACACAAAUUCCUAGAAUACAGUACAAAGAUAAAAUAUUUGAGAUUAUAUCUAAUGACGUUCUACUCAAUAUACUCUUUAAACUAAUUUCCUGUAUCCCCUUCUCCCUCAUACUAGAUCUCAGCCUCUCUCUUUCCCUCUGAUACUGCCCAUACUGUAGCAAUACAUGCUCCACAGUCUCUGUUUCCCGGCAAUAAUCACACAUUCAACCUUCUGUGUCCCACCCUUAAUCUUGUAAAAAUUGCCUCCUCUCUUCUGUCCCUUCCUGCCGUCCUCCCCUCCCCAACUUUCCUCUGUACUUGAAAUAAAUGCCUGCCCUUAGUAUCUCUAUUCCACUGCUCCUGCCAUCUCUGCACCAUCACUGUCCAUAUCAGGCUUUUUGCCUCUGCCUUGCUCAUUGAAUCUACAACAUCAACAUCCCCACUACUAAGUGCUUGUUUAGCCAGUACAUCAACUGCCUCGUUCCCCUCCACAUGGGCUGGGGCCCAAGCAAAUCUUAUCUGUCUAAUCCUGCCAUGGGUUUGUAGCACCUCAUAAAGCAGGUCUUGUCUGCUACGUGAGCUAAAGGACUGGAGACUCAUCAACACUGCACCUGAAUUAGAGCAAAUAACCACUCUGUCUGGCUUGACUUCCUCCACCCACUACAAGGCCAACAGUAUGGCCAUCAGCUCUGCCGUCUAUACAGCCAGAUGAUCUGCAAUACGUUUAUUUAGCCCAUUCAUAGACGCGAACUACCUUACGCGUCUAUUCAUGAAGGUAUCUUCUGGCUGGGGGAGUUUUGUUAAGAGCCUCGACCCUCGUUCUGUACGUUAACACGCAACGCUUGCGGUACGGUUUUGGAAACUUUUUUUUUUUUAAACAAAAGGUUAAAUUACCAGCCAUCUUUAUAGGGUUAAUGUUCCCACACAGCCAUCUCUCCGUGUUAGGGUGUUGUUUACGGAAGACAGAGGCGACCACUUGUGCUAAUUAGCUGUCUAACGUGCUCGAACACCUGUGUAUGCAUAACUUGGGAGGAAAUCAAAUCAGAUUUUAUUUGUCACAUGCGCCGAAUACAACAGGUGUAGCCCUUACUGUGAAAUGCUUACUUACAAGCCCUUAACCAACAAUUCAGUUUUAAGAAAAUAUUGUUAUUAUUUUUAAAAAGUAACACAAAAUAACAAUAAUGAGGCUAUAUACAGGGGGUACCGGUACCGAGUCAGGGGUACAGGUUAGUCGAGGUAAUUUGUACAUGUAGGUAGGGGUAAAGUGAUCUAUGCAUAGAUAAUAAACAGCUAGUAGUAAGCACCCCCUUUAUGGCUUGGGGGUAGAAGCUGUUAAGGAGCCUUUUGGACCUAGACUUGGUGCUCUGGUACCGCUUGCUGUGCUGUAGCAGAGAGAGCAGUCUGUGACUGGAGUUUUUGACAAUAUUUUGGGCCUUCCUCUGAGUACCAGUCAAAAGUUUGGACACACCUACUCAUUCAAUGGUUUUUCUUUAUUUUUACCAUUUUCUACAUUGUAGAAUAAUAGUGAAGACAUCAAAACUAUGAAAUAACACAUAUGGAAUCAUGUAGUAACCAAAAAGAAUUUCAACAAAUCAAAAUAUAUUUGAGAUUUGAGAUUCUUCAAAGUAGCCACCCUUUGCCUUUGACAGUUUUGCACACUCUUGGCAUUCUCUCAACCAGCUUCAUGAGGUAGUCACCUGGAAUGCAUUUCAAUUAACAGGUGUGACUUCUUAAAAGUACAUUUGUGGAAUUUCUUUCCUUCUUAAUGCGUUUGAGACAAUCAGUUGUGUUGUGACAAGGUAGGGGUGGUAUACAGAAGAUAGCCCUAUUUGGUAAAAGACCAAGUCCAUAUUAUGGCAAGAACAGCUCAAAUAAGCAAAGAGAAAUGACAGUCCAUCAUUACUUUAAGAAAUGAAGGUCAGUCAAUGCGGAAAAUGUCAAGAACAGGACAGGACAAUGACCCAAAACACACCUCCAGGCUGUGUAAGGGCUAUUUGACCAAGAAGGAGAGUGAUGGAGUGCUGCAUCAGAUGACCUGGCCUCCACAAUCACCGGACCUCAACCCAAUUGAGAUGGUUUGGGAUGAGUUGGACCGCAGAGUGAAGGAAAAGCAGCCAACAAGUUUUCAGUAUAUGUGGGAACUCCUUCAAGACUGUUGGAAAAGCAUUCCUCAUGAAGCUGAUUGAGAGAAUGCCAAGGGUGUGCAAAGCUGUCAUCAAGGCAAAUGGUGGCUACUUUUGAAGAAUCUCAAAUAAAUAUAUUUUGAUUUGUUGAACACUUUUUUGGUUACUACAUUAUUCCAUAUGUGUUAUUUCAUAGUUUUGAUGUCUUCACUAUUAUUCUACAAUGUAGAAAAUAGUAAAAAAUAAAGAAAAACCCUUGAAUGAGUAGGUGUGUCCAAACUUUUGACUGGUACUGUAGGUCCUGGAAGUUUGGCCCCAGUGAUGUAUUGGGCUGUACGCACUACCCUCUGUAGCACCUUACAGUCGGAUGCCGAGCAGUUGCCAUACCAGGCGGUGAUGCAACCGGUCAGGAUGCUCUUGAUGGUGCAGCUGUAUAACUUUUUGAGGAUCUGGGGACACACUUGUUGGUGAUGUGGACAGCAAGGAAAUUGAAACUCUCGACCCGCUCCACUACAGCCCUGUCGAUGUGAAUGGGGGCGUGUUCGGCCCUCCUUUUCCUGUAGUCCAUGCUCAUCUCCUUUGUCUUGCUCAUGUUGAGGGAGAGGUUGUUGUCCUGGCACCACACUGCCAGGUCUCUGACCUCCUCCCUAUAGGCUGUCUCAUCGUUGUCGGUGAUCUGGCCUACCACCAUUGUAUCAUCAGCAAACUUAAUGAUGGUGUUGGAGUCGUGCUUGGCCACGCAGUCGUGGGUGAACAGGGAGUACAGGAGGGGACUAAUGUAGCGGAAGUGUAGUUGGUCCUGCUACAUACAGUAAGUGUAUUUUUUUUAUUUGAAUACUCACUGAUAUGAAAGAUAAGUACCAUAUGUUUUUGAAAACCAUAUAGCAAGCAAUGAUUAUUGACUUUUCUAAACGAGCGUCGGGAUUGGAGAUCACAUGGUCCCACCAGUUAGCGGUGCUUCUAGCUGAGAACCCUUGGGAUAAUGCUGAAUGCCUUUGUUAAUGCCUUGGGUUCUGGAGAGCAAAGUAAAACUCCUGAAAGUACAUUCUAGAUCCUUGAUAAGCAACGUGUUAGCAGAAGUUAGCUGAUCCUUAACUUAGUAGCAGUUAGCUGAAACCACCAUACUUUCAUUGUACUGUAUUUUAGCUCACAUAGUACUGUAUUUCCAUGCAGUACAGUGUGUGGCAUUAUCGAUACUGUAAGCGCGGGCUUGGUUACGUGCUCAUUACCGAUGUUUCACGUGAUGACGUAGUCUAGCCUUGCCUGUUGGUCUUUCACAGUUGGCGACGGGAACAGCGAAAAUGGCCUCGACCCUGCCGGUGUGUAUGAAUAUUUGGAGAAGAUGACGACGAUGUGCCCUAUAACUUAUUUGAACACCAAAGUGUCUUCAGUAAACACGUAAAUAUUGUUUGGAGUGACUAACAAAUUGUGACUACCAGCGAAAAAGAGGAAACGAAAGACCACACAGCAUCGGCAUUUUCAUUUUGUGUGGCUGGUGGUGGCGCUAACUAACGUUAGCUAUGGAGGAUAUCAACUCAAACAUCAACGCGGACUUGGAGGUGCGGAAGCUGCAGGACUUGGUAAAGAAACUCGAACAACAAAACGAGCAGCUCCGUAGUCGGUCUUCGGCUGGAGCAGUAUCAGGGAACCAUAGACCCCUUAGUGCAGGGUACGACUCGCGCUUAUCAGCCGCCUCAGCGGCGGGGCUGGCCGGCUUCUCUGGGGUGGGGUUCGGCAGAACGGGCUAUGGAGGGCUUUUGGAAAACUCCCGUUGUUUGAGCCCCAGACUGUCAUAUGAUGGCAUCAGUUUCAGGAGAGCAUAUGAUGGCGAGGGGGCAUCGGCUGCCACCUCUUUCACUGGCACCAAUUCCUAUUUUACAGACGCAGGGGAAACACUGGGUUUUAUGGAUGAAGGGGAAACUUCUAUCUUGGAUGAAGUAGAAAUCCUCGAUCUCGAAGACAUGGAUUGUCUUAACGAAGAUGAAGACAGCUGGUGAGUGAUACAACACGAUUACACCAUCUGUAAUUCAAGUAGCUUGAGGGGUCUCGCACAGCAGUGAGAUAACAACAACACGCCCUAAUGCAUUUGGCUACCAGUCAACCAGUGUGCCUGUGCGCCCAUAUAUGUUACACCUCAACAGCCGAGCGCAGCUGUUCCAGACAUUAGCUAUCUACGAUGACAAUCGCUUGGGGAGGGAAAUAAUCCUCGCUGAAAUUGCGGCAUAGGAAUGCACCGCACGGUCAUGUUCUCAAUACAAUAGCCGGCCACAGACACUGAGGUCAUCACACACACCGCAGACAGAUUGUCUGUCGUUCAUUGUUGAUUGGUGAGGGGUGGUGGAUGGAAUGGAAACCAAAUGGAAAGGGGAUCACGUGUGGGAACUGUCAAACCACCCAAUUGACAUUUUAGUCAUUUAGCAGACGCUCUUAUCCAGAGCGACUUACAAUUAGUGAGUGCAUACAUUUUUCAUACUGGCCCCCCUGCACAUUACAUACUCAUCAAUAUUGUAUCAGUGGAACUUGGCAUUCAUUGUACUGUGGUUGUUGUUGCUGUGCUUUAAUUAAUCACAUCCCUUUAUUAUUAGGCCUUAAUCAUAACAUUUGCAUUUUAGCUGUCUUGUUUACUGUCAAAUUAUCACCCACAAACACUAGUGGUCAUCCGUUAUCUCUACAUAAGUAUACAGUAUAUAGUGUGUCUUCAGGGUAAGGGAAGUUCAGUUCAUGUGGCGGCCAGUUGCACUAUUUUGGUAAUAUAUGUUAGACAACUGUCAUGGUAGUGGGAAGAGGGCAGUGUGCACAGUGAAAUUGAAAGUUGUUUACCCAGCUAAAGCCUAUUGGGACAGUGCAAGAGCCACAACCAUGGUUACCUUCUUUGUUAGAAGGAUUCCCAAUACUGACACACACCAGCCACAAUUGUAUGAAAAGAGGUUGAGAGAAAGUAAUUGCCUACUAGACCCAAUGUGAUUAUGACAAUGUUAUAGUAUCCAAAUUGUUGUGACAGCCAGGCCCAGCCACACUGAAUUUCAGGAUCAUGUAUUGUUUGUUGUGCACUGUGCAUUUGUGGGUUAUAGGGUAAGGAUGCUUACACAGAUUCACUUUUAGAAGUGUAGCCUAAUCCUUGAAACUGGAGAUGUUUGAUUGGAUUUGUGAGGCAGCACAAAUCUCACUGCUGAUCCCAACAAUCCCAACUCGAGGAAAUCCCUGAAACGGUUUUAGAGAGUUACAGGGAGAUGAGACCUCACUGUAGAGCUAAUGUGAAAUAAGCCCUGUUUAUAAAUGAGAUGUAGUCUUGUUAUUAGAGCAGUAGUAAGCUUUAGCCUAUAAUGAGGACAGUCAGUGCCCAGCUCUCUCCUCCUCUCAUUCUCUGAGAGAUAGGCCCUUGUCUGCCAUGGUACGGUUACAAGAAUGUUAUUUAUUGGCAUAUAAUUGGCCUCUUGAUGGUAAUGUAAUGGUAAUGGGUUGUGCUUUAGGUCAAGGGUCAGAGGAGGCCAGCUAUAGAAAGGAACAUCACUAAUGAUGGCCAGACUGUCUGGAUCAGUAGAGACUGCUGAGAGGAGGACGGCUCAUAAUAAUGGCUGGAAUGGGGUGAAAUGGAGGGAAUGGAAUUGUAUCAAACAAAUGAAAACCAUGUUUUUGAUACCAUUCCAUUUACUCCAUUCCAGCCAUUAUUAUGAGCCAUUAAUUCCAGCCCUCAGCAGCCACCACUGGUCUGGAUAGUAAUAGUGAAUGGGCCCUGGCAGCCCCUAAACACAUGAUCAGAGCAAAGGAGCCUUUCCCAAGCCUGGCUCAGUGUGUGAGUUUGCUAUGUGAAUGCAUUGGAUACAGAAACGUCUUUGACUACAGUUCAAGAAACUCUUCUAUAUUUGGAUGAGAGAGCCGAGGAAGAAGGACCGAGAAGUUUACUAUGGCCUCUCUGUACCAGUUCCCUAUUGCCCCUCUAACCCAAUCCCCACACACACCUCUCCUCUGGCUGUUUCUCUGGCUGGUGAUAUACACACACACAGGAUUACCCAUAGUACUACUAACUGAGGGCUUGCCAGUCCUGGUCAUAGACUGACUCCCAUAAUCCCUGAAUUAGCAUCAGACUGCUUUUGCAGGGCCAUCUGGUCGGUUUGACGACCGCACAGCACCAUCCUGCUUUUAGGGUUUGAUUCUAAAAUACAGUUAGGAUGAUCCAUCCAUGCAUGUUUACAGGAUAAUUAGGCUUAUAAGCUCUAUGUAAAAGCAUAGCCAUGUGGAUCCACAGCCUUAUUUAGGCCUAAUGUCUAGAGUAGGCCCAAUAGGCCUACAAAUCUGGUUGAACUUUGAUUCUUGAAAUGUUAUGGUGAAAACCUCUGUGGCGUACUUUUAGUUGCCUAAAGAAUGUACACAAUAUGUAGACUAGGCCUACAUCUUUCUAAUAGUAGGCCUUGGUGUUAGUGUCCAGUGGAUAUCUGAGGGCUCUCAUGUGAGAUGUUCUCUGUGGCUGAGACAGAGCUGACAGUUGCUGACUCAAAUUCCUCUUCCUGUUAUAGGCACUUUCUCAAAGUAUAAGGCCUAAGUAUCAGCCAUAGCAGCUGUGAUGAGAUAUAGGCCUAAGCAGGUUAUAACACUCACCAAACCUGUAUCAUCAACCAUCAUGUAUCAUCAGAUAAGAUAAGAGGAUGUGUUGUAUUUUUACAUUUACAUCAUUUAGCAGACGCUCUUAUCCAGAGCGACUUACAAAUUGGUGUAUUCACCUUAUGAUAGCCAGUGGGACAACCACUUUAAUUUUUUGGGGGGAGGGGUAGAAGGAUUACUUUUAUACUAUUCCAGGUAUUCCUUAAAGAGGUAGGGUUUCAAGUGUCUCUGGAAGGUGGUCAGUGACUCCGCUGUCCUGGUGUCGUGGGGGAGCUUGUUCCACCAUUGGGGUGCCAGAGCAGCGAAUAGCUUUGACUCGGCUGAGCGGAAACUAUGCUUCCGUAGAGGUAGGGGAGCUAGCAGGCCAGAGGUGGAUGAACGUAUUGCUCUCGUUUGGGUGUAGGGACUGAUCAGAGCCUGAAGGUAAGGAGGUGCUGUUCCCCUCACAGCUCCGUAGGCAAGCACCAUGGUCUUGUAGUAGAUGCGAGCCUCAACUGGAAGCCAGUGGAGUGUGCGGAGGAGCGGGUGACAUGAGAGAACUUGGGAAGGUUGAACACCAGACGGGCUGCAGCGUUCUGGAUAAGUUGUAGGGGUUUAAUGGCACAAGCAGGGAGCCCAGCCAACAGCGAGUUGCAGUAAUCCAGACGGGAGAUGACAAGUGCCUGGAUUAGGACCUGUGCCGCUUUCUGUGUGAGGUAGGGUCGUACUCUGCGAAUGUUGUAGAGCAUGAACCUGCAGGAUCAGGUCACUGCUUUGAUGUUAGCGGAGAACGACGGUGUUGUCCAGGGUCAUGCCAAGGUUCUUUGCACUCUGGGAGGAGGACACAAUGGAGUUGUCAACCGUGAUGGUGAGAUCAUGGAGCGGGCAGUCCUUCCCCGGGAGGAAGAGCAGCUCCGUCUUGCCGAGGUUCAGCUUGAGGUGGUGAUCCGACAUCCACACUGAUAUGUCUGCCAGACAUGCAGAGAUGCGAUUCUCCACCUGUGCCAUGCCCAUUGAUGUGUGUGUGUGUGUGUUAAAUGAAUGUGUUGUGUUUCUUCAGGCUGUAUGAGGCGAAGCUCAACAGCCCAUUGCAGAAAGCCUUGAGUCCCAUUGUGUGGUGUCGCCAGGCCCUGGACAAUCCCAGUCCUGACAUGGAGUCAGCCAAGCGCUCCCUCAUCCACAGACUGGACGUCACCAUGUCAGGUACUGUCACCACGCUUCUCUACUCUCUUCUCCCCUCUGUCUCCUCUUUUCUCUACACAAGCAUACACACAUCUAGGACAAAUAUGCUUUUGUUUUGUAGUAGGCAUAUGUGCUGUAUGAAAGUAUUUUCAGCAUUAUCAUGGCCUGUAUGAGUGUGUGUCUAUCUGUUUCCCUCUGCGUAUUAUGACAGAUAAUAACAGACAAUCCCCUCAAUCAGGACACCAAGGCUCCAAAUCUUCCCGGCUAAAGUGAGAUAGUCCAGUUCCAUUUUUAAAGAGGUAUGCUCAUGUGACGCCCAUAUCGUAUUGAGCAACAUUUUGCUGAAGGUCGCUAUCCCUAAACCGGUGUGUUCUCAGUAACGGUCACUGAUCACGUGGCACUAGAAGUUACGCAACACAUAAGGCUGGCACAAUUAUCGUAUUCAACUUCAAUAGCAGUUUUUCAUUUUUACAUGAUGUGGGUAAAGUUGGUAAUCAUGGUACGAGCAGAACGGCACGGUCGGGAGGAGAAGCUUCAUUUCCAAAGGUUGUCAGCGGUCACAGGGGGGUCACAGGGUUCACCAAAACUGUAUUGUAUUCAUUAUGUCGUAGCUAAUUUACAAAAAUGCAUUACAAGCUCAAAAAAAUAUUAUACAAAAAUUACAAUUAAUAAUUACCCAAAAUUCCAUAAUCGUUACAGCCCUAGCAACACUCCAGUCACAUACCCCUGGGCGGACAGACAGACAGACUGCACCCUCAUGGGGUACCUGUCCUGUCAUCCAGAGUCAACACCUGACGUGUUCUCCUCACAUCCCUUCCUGUGGAUUUAUGUGCAUCACACACUGAAGUUAAAUUCAGACUAUAUUGGAAGAGACUGGGCUCUGGUGGGUGACAACAUACUAAAUGGGUAUUACUAUUCACAGGAGCAAUGGAGGGAGGGGGAGAAUGGGUGGUGGUGAUAUCAUUGUACUAGGUUAGGAGAGGAUUAUGUCAUCCAUAAAAUAUGGACAUGACCUAAUGCUUCAAGUCACUACUGUGCCUCCCCAUCUCUACCUCACUCUAAGGACAAAGGGAAGUUCUACAGAUCAACUGGUUGAUAUAUUAUUUAGGUGUGCGUUAACAAGCAGAAAACAGUAGUGCAGGCUAUAGGGCUGCAACUAAGGGUUCCGGAAGUGGAUUCUCAAUCCUUGUAACUCGUGGUGAUAUCAAAUAUUAGCGUAAUUACUGUGCAACGUAGACGCUCUAUUUUCUACCGAGAUUGCAAAACAAUUUGUAUGUUGAUGUAGUGCCCAUUAGUUAUGAAUGUUUCAACCUCUGUGUUGAGAAAUCGUGUUUUUACCGUCAGUUUCUGUUUCAAAGAGCACCAAAACCUACACUAACCAUGGGCCUUGCAGUCUGUAUUGUCCAAUCAAAGAGCAGGUACAAGUCACAUGAUCUGUUAGCGAACACAUGAUGUGCCGCAAGGCUCAACUUCUCCUCUGUUUUGGUGCCCUGGCUACCACACUGAACAGCGUGAAGCAAACCCGUGCACAUGCGCAAAUACUGUGUGAGAGCGAAGUUUUGCACCUCGCUCAUCUCAAUCUCUGCAGUGCUGCUCGUGGCAACAUCAUUUUCUACCUUUAACAAAGGGUUCAAGGACCCACCUGGUGACUGGCUUCUAACUGCCUAUACCUGAGGGGAGGAGAGGUAGGCAGCUGUCAGACAUGACUGCACGUCAACCACAUGACAAGCAGAGCGGGCCUAGGCGUGUACUAUUCUUCUUGUGUGGUUGUACUGUAUGUGGGCUCCUCAGUGACACCCUUUCUGUCACACGCCUCUCUCUCUACCAUGGCGUCCUGUGAGGAUUGUGUUUGUUCUGGUGAAGGAAUUUCACAGAGCAGGGCAUCGCGUCUGGCUCAUGACUAAUGGAAAACACAGCUUGGUCAUAGAUUUGGACCACAUCAUAAGAUUAUAUUCAAUGCUUUGAAAUGCUUUAUGGAAAAUCCUUUCCAAGGUUUGAGCCUUCAAUGUCCCUGUGAAACAACCAAACUGUUGGUUGGAAGGCCCAGGGCGAUCGCUGGCUUUCUGAAAUGUGAAUGUGUUUUUGUUUUAGUUUGUCCAUGGUAACCAAGCCUGUGUUUUUAGACUCCCUGUGAAAUGUAAACAAUGCGAUCCCUAAAAUGCCAUGCCCCAGUUAUAUAACAAACUGGAAGCAGGGAGGAAGAGUCUUUUUUCUUCUUCUCCGGGAUAGUCGAUUUAAAUAAAUGUAUUAGACACUCUCUAGUUUCAUUAGUGAGUGAAAUUCAGCAAAACUACAUUCUGGUCAUUGUUAUAACAUUAUACAACUGAAAGCAUAGCAGGAAAUGAAGCAUGGACCAGGAAGGGACUCUCCGGCCAGUACCAGACCUGUAAUGCUGGGCUAGAUUAUGAAUGUAGUCUUCUGAACAGUGCUUUGACAACUGUCCACAGAUUCCAUCCAGUUCUUCUCUAUAGCAGAAAGUCAGUCCCUAACCCGAGGCUGAUAGCUGGCCUAUCCAACCAUGCUCAACCCUAACAUGUAUCUACUGUUUCAGUACUUAAGAUAUAAUGGAUUGGAUAUUCCCGCCUUCUCUAGGUCAUGUUCUUUCACUUGUUAAUCCCUCCCCUGAUUUAUUUAUUUCUCUCCCUAAACCACACAAUUCUGUUGCCCGCUCCUCAUGUGAAAUGCUCAGAGCUUGUCCACCUACUUUUGGCCAUGUAGUGUAGUUGUUCCAGUCUGUCUCAAGAACCUUUUUCUUUUUCACUUUAAGGAGGCUUCAAUGCCAAGUCUUGUUUACAUUUUCUUUGUCCAUCUUAGCUGUUUAAUUAGACCAAACAAUCCUUGCGUCUGCCUUUCCUUUUUGUCUGUCUGUUGGUCACAGACUUUAUGCUGUCUAAGCUAAUUCCAGUGGAAACUGGAGGUUCUGCAGUCAAACCAUCAGCUGGGAAAGAGCUUUUAUUACCGCUAGUCUCUUGGCUAAAAAUGAAUGGAAAUAGUGGUUAUUAGGGCUGGGAAUUGCCAGGGACCUCGCGAUACGAUAUUAUCACGAUGCUUAGGUACCAAUUGCUAUUCGAUGUUCCACACAUAUUACUCACCAUGUGUCUGUUGCAGAUGGACAAGAAGAGAGCUAUGAGAAAACGAGUUUUGAUCAGUCAGGGAAAUAAAAGUGCUGAAAACAAAAAAUUGUCUCCCUAUUUUAAAAAGAUGAAGAACAAUCUAAGAAGGAAAAAUACGGAGUUUUGGUGCAAGUACAGCCAACUAGCGCAAAAUAAUAUCCCGAUCUGUAACUAUCGAUUUCCCCCCCCCCCCCCAUCACUAGUGGUUAUACUCUUGAAUAGCUUUCCUGGAUUUCCUCAACUUCGUAAUGUUAAGGGGUUUUAGCAUGGAGGGAGCAAGUGUAAAAUGUUGAGUAAGCACCUCCAUAUGAGUAAACACCUCCGAAUGAACGCAAUAUAAAUGUACGCCAUUAUUUAGGCCUAAUGCAGAUUUCUGGGAGUUUUUUGUUGUUGUAUGGUUUGUUUUACUACACCGCAUUUUAGGACAACACUAUUUGAAUUGGUCCCUGUGCUGCAGAUCCCUGCUGAGAGAGACCCAGCAGUCUGACUGUAGGCUGUCUGUUACUCCUACUGAUUUACUGUUCCAUCUAAUCACCUCCUAGCCCUUAAAUCAUUCACCCCUGGUUAGCCUGGCACCAUUGGAUACAUGGGGGAACAUCUCUGAAUGCACCCUCUGAAACUCUGUCCUUUCCUUGUGGUUUGUAACUGCAGUAAUCUCCCUAUUGGGACCACUCAGGUAUGUCUGUCUCCAGAGGUUGACCCCAACAAUGCGUUGCUAGGGGUUAUGUUCUGGGUCAGAGCUGACACAGACCCAUGGAGGUGCAACUCAGAGGCUAGUAGCUCACUGUGUUAGAUCCCUAUCAGCUGUCUCUGUCUCUGAGGACCUAUAUCCUGUAGGACUAUACGUAUACUGUUGAUCAUUCCAUAACACAACGCAACUGUUGGACAUAUCUGAGCUAUACAUUUCUCUACCAGCACUAGGAGUUUGGACAUAAUCUGGACUACAGACACCUUUGUCUCUGGUUAGGUCACUGUUUUAGAUAGGUUAGACAUUUAUCAUGAGCUUAUCUGGGAAUCUACAGAUGACAGUGGCUGAUCUCUAAGGAAGUGAGUUGAGUGGACAUGUUAUUUCCUAAAUAAUGCAGUAGGACAGUGCAGAGCAUGAGAAGCGGAGGAGAUGGAGGGAGGAAGGGAGAGAGUGAGAGGAAAGGAGGGGAUUUGUUGCUUUUUGUGCCAUUGCUCUGUCUGCGUGCUACGUGUUGCUUGUUCUAUGUUGCUCUGCAUGUGUUCACUGCUCAUUGUUUGUCUCUAUUGUUAUUGGAAUAGUUUUUAAUAACCUGCCCAGGGACUGUGGUUGAAAAUUAGCCGGCUGGCUAAAACCGGCACUUUUACUGAAACGUUGAUUAAUGUGCACUGUCCCUGUAAAAAUAAAAAUAAACUCAGAAAGGGAGGCGGAAAGGAGAGCGAGUUGAUCAUAAAAAGGCUACUUUCCAGUCACCACCCAGCUGUGUAAACACAUCUAGACAGGGAGAGAGGGAUGAGCAAACGAGUGGCCCUGGAGAUCGGAGUGUAUGCAGCACUGCAGGCUGAGCUGAGCCGAACGGGGCUGCAGUUCAACAGUAAUGGCUACUGGCUAAUGCGUUAUAUACCUGUCAGAGCAGCCAGCCAGGCCUGGUCUAAUGACUCAGCUAAGGGAGGGUCCAUGGUGAGUCUGCCUCCCUGGGACUGACUGGCUGGCUGGCUGACUGAGUCUCUGUGGAGAGCUGGAUGGAUAUCACAGUGCUGCAUUGUGCUGCUCUCACUGUGUACUAGUGAGUGAAUAGGCCGUAUUGUUAACUCUUUCUCCAGUCCAUGAUAAAGACACCCACGCCUGCCAUAUGCUUUAAGUGACUCUAGAAUGUGGACCACUGCCAACACACUACAGAGAAGAGGACUCAGAGAGAACAUGUGUGUGACUGUGUACUGUGCACAUUAGUGUUUGUGUCAGUGGUUGGUAUAAUGCAGCUUGUGAGGGGGCAACCGGUAAUGCCUGCAAUGACUUCCCAUGUAAGACAUUAUCUCAGUGAAUGAUUGGUUAUUACGAUGUAGCUUGCUGGCUGUACAACAAUCCCUUAAGUGAUGUAGAUAUAGGCUUUAUCACAGUAUGUUUAUGGCUAUUCUUAUUUAUGUAUUAUUUGUAUUGUAUUUGCGAGACAUUCUACUGCACUGUUGGAGCUAGUAACAUAAGCAUUUUGCUGCACCAGCCAUAACACCUGCAAAUCUGUGUACGCGACCAAUAAACUUUGAUUUGAAUUCUCUUCUCUCCACAGCAAACAAGCGUAGGAGCCUGUAUGGAAGUCCCUACAGUCCCCAGGUGAACUACGGAAGCCCAUACUGCACAAACACAGCUAACAGCCCCUACAGUAGUGGCUUCAACUCCCCCUCCUCCACCCCCAGCAGGGUUCCCCUCGUCAGACAGCAGCUGAUGCCCCCCGUCAACCAAGGUACUGUACACUGGCAUAUAAAGCCUGUCUUUAACUCUCCUUCCGUGGCCCUCUCUCUUUCUCUUUAUGUUAAAACAUAAACUUCAAUUUGGUUUAGAUAUACAGGGUUGUGCUUGUUUGUUUUCUAUAUAUGUGUGUGUGUGUGUGUGUUGGACCAGUAUGAAGACUAUGUGUGUGUCCCAGCAGCUCACCCGCAGCAGCGUGGUGGCUCAGUAGAGAGAGAAAGGAACCCGCCGGCGGUCAGCCCUCAGUCUUCAAUAGACAGUGAGCUGAGCACCUCAGAGAUGGACGAGGACUCUGUAGGAUCCUCCACCACAUACAAACUCAACGAUGUCACUGAUGUACAAAUCCUGGCUCGCAUGCAGGAGGAGAGUACGUACCAUCUUCUAACUCGUUGUCUGUUUGUCCACAGAAACCAUUUACCCACCUGUCAGAGAUGCUGAGUGUUUAUACUGUACAAGCGGUGUAUGUUCUGACCGUCUGUGUGUUUGUUUCCAGGUCUUCGACAGGACUAUGCAGCCACAGCGUCCAGACGUAGCUCUGGUUCGUCCUGCCACUCUCUGAGACGCAGCACCUUCAGUGACCAGGAGCUGGACGCCCACAGUCUAGAGGACGAUGAAGAGGCUGUACACCCCGCCUUUCACCUCCCCUCAAACCGCUUCUCCCCCUCCCCCAGACACUCCCCUCACGCCUCCCCCAGAAACUCUCCCCGCUCCCGAUCCCCCGCACGCUCCCUGGAGUACAGCCGAGGCUCCCCGCAGCCAAUCAUCAGCCGGCUGCAGGCACCACGUCACUCCCUGCAAAACCACGCCCCCCAAGACCUGCAGACCAACGUGGUGAAGAACGAAGGUAAGCAGAUAUACUGGCUCACUACACCUCAGGACUACCUCCUGACGAUUGAGAGACUAGAGGGGAAAUGGUUUUGUGUUGGGGUUAGUUCAUAGUUAUCUGAAGGACGAAUUGUAUGAUUAAAUGAUUUAUUCUGAUUCAAAUUAGGACCACUGCUGGUCAAAGGUCAUGUGUAAUUCUGGGCCAUUGUGUUGUUGUUCAGUCCUGUUUUCAGUUGUUUUCCUUUGUUGUGGUGUUUGUAGAGAAGCUGAGGCGUAGUCUUCCUAACCUGACCCGCUCCAACAUAGCCCAGCAGGGCCCAGAGCCCGUCAAGAACAGCAGGAGCUUUGAGUCCAACCUGCAAGUGCCAAACGGAGGCUCACCCAGACACCAGGCAGUCAGUCAGUCUGCCAGUGAGUACUACACAAUGUUCAUCAUAUCGCGUGUUCACUCAGUAAUAGCAAUCCGAGACACUCUGUCAUUUUCAGAUUAUUCUCUCUUGUAUAUUGACAAAUACCAUUUUUGUUUCUCAAACAUAUUCAACAUCAGUAAUGUUCUGAAAGGAGUAAUGUUCUAGUUUAGUGAUGUUCUAGCUAGUCAGUGUAGUGGGUAUACCAUGCAUCCAUCUCAGGCUCCUCCUUAUUAAACCUCUAUUGCUUUGAUGGUUUGGGAUUCUGUUUGAUUUAUUUCACUAUUUGAAUCAUUUCUCCUUCCGUGCACUCUUCUCCUUAUUAUCCAAAUCAAUUAGAAUCCAGAUUUAAAAGUAGUUUAUUGUGAGGAUUGAGAAUGCAGAGAGAACUGAAUAAAACACUACAUUCUCAUAGUUAAAACCCCUGUCUAAUCACAGAGUGGCCGUUUACUAUAACCCUAGAAUAAGAGAGAAACCCACAGUGAAUCAGUGAUACUAGUUUUAAUCCAUACAACUAAUCCCCACUCAGACACCUGAAGGAGACAAGGCUGCUGAUCAAAGAACGUGUAAUCUGUAUCAGUUCAUCUGUUAGUUAAACAGCUUUAUACACUGAUAAUCGAGUGUGUAUAAGUGAAGCGGGCAUGAAUGAGCUUGAAUAGGAACACUUUUUUGUUGUUGUGUGUAUGUGCAAUAUACAUAUGUUCUGUACUAUCCUGUACUAUAAUCACUGUUGUAUUGUUUCGCUCUUGACACUGGCUGAUAAUAGGGGUCGUCUCCUUUACUUCUCAGGGCUUCUUCUGGCUGUGGUGUGCAUUAUGACAUCACUAUCCCUGCCUCUCUUUAUCUGACUGCAGAGCAUGUAUGACAUCACUAUCCCUGCCUCUCUCUAUCUGACUGCAGAGCAUGUGCUGCCUUUCACCCAACCCUCUCUUUCUGCUAAGGCACUGGCUGGGGUUUGGCCUAGUGUUGGCCUAGCUUGACUCUGGCAGUACUUUACCCCUGGCAGUCUCUCUCUCUCUCUUUCUUUCUCUGGACUGUGAAUGUCUGGCUGCACUGCAGCACCCCCUAGUGUUUCAGGCUGCUCUUUUACCUUUGCCUGAGAAUGACACUCAGUGAUUUUACAGUGGCUGAACUGCCUCACUGGCACACCCAUCCUUCCCCUUCGGCUGCCUGGCUCAGCCCUAUCAUCUCCUCUCCCUGGUCUAGUAACCGUAACAGUACAGCAGGUCCGAGUAAGGGCUGACUCUGUCUCUCCCCAACUGUCAUCUCCAUUUCUCCCAGUAGCCCAGCACUCCUCCACUCCACUCCACUCUCGGUACUCGACUCCCCCUCGCUCCUCCCAAACAGGAAUUCCCCCUCGAUCCUUACAGUCCCCGAAACCCAAACAGCACCUCCAAAGCCCUUCUUCCCUCCGAGGUAACAGCCUGCCGGUGCCUGGGAUCAUCCACCUUACGAGUUAAGGGUCCCUACAUACACACACAUCCUCAGUCAUACACACAUGACCACAUUCUUUACCAAACCUAAAGCGUUUUGUGUUUUACUGUGACUGGUUGGCUGUGUGCCUGCCUGUGUGACGUACCUGCAUGCACUCCACCAAUUAUAAAGUGCCAGAAAAUUUGGUCUCCAGAUUUACAAGCCAAGUAAUGGUUUUCUGGGAUGGUCAAGGUAGGCAUCUUCUGGGAUGGUUGGCAGUCUGGAACUGAAAGUUGAAGUGUCUCCAUGGUGUUCCUGUUGGGUGCACCUGCUGGGUUUUGUCUGGAACAGAGAAGUCAUUUAUCUCCCCUAGUGGUGAUGGGGAGAACCUGCUGAGAAACCCUGUGGUUCUGGAAUGCCUUUGGGCUCACAGACCUCAAGGCUGUUUCAGAUUAAUAUCAGUUUCUGAUAGCACUGCUGAUGUGGUUGACCACACUGCACUCACUACUCCUGACCUCUUCUUGGUAAUGGUUGCGGAUUGGUUUGUAUUAGUAGCUAGUUAGUAUGCUAUUUACUGUUAUGGGAACGUAUAGGCUCUAGAAGACUUCUUAGUCUAGAGUUCUUUUUCCAUCCAUGUCAUCUAUUGCACUUUCUCCUGCUGUUCUGAAUGAAGUCAAAUCUCUCCUGUCUUUGUUUAGUCCAUCUUUCCUGUUGCUUUGGAGAAGAAGGUGAUUUCAGUGAGUAUUCACUGCUCAUGCUCCCAACUUUUAUAUAUUGUGAUUGUGGUUUCAUGAUGUGUUAAUGUUGUGGCAUUAUCUGUGCCCUCCCCAUCACUAGAGGGCAUGUGUGCCUCAUCCAUCCUACACAUGAACUAUUAUAGUGGGACUUUGUCGUUUGUGUAAAGACUUAAUACAAGGCCUCUUAUAUUCAUUCAUUGUUUCCUUGGUUUCAUGCGUCUUGUGAUUUCAUGCAAAAUUCCAUUAUACAGAUGGAAUAGAGAAUGACACUUCACUAUACCCACAACAGAGAUCUACAUCAUUCUCAGUGUUUCACCACUGAGCAAUUAACAACAACAAUGAUCUGAGGCACAUAUGAUACAAAAACAAUAUGUAUGAGAAAUAACAUGUGUAUAGACCAUUAUCUAAUAUGCAUUCAUUUAUUUAAAGACUUCUUCUGAAUGCAUAUUAGAUAAUGGUCUAUACACAUGUUAUUUCUCAUACAUAUUGUUUUUGUAUCAUAUGUGCCUCAGAUCAUUGUUGUUGUUAAUUGCUGUGGUGAAACACUGAGAAUGAUGUAGAUCUCUGUUGUGGGUAUAGUGAAGUGUCAUUCUCUAUUCCAUCUGUUCAUAAUAUAGUGUACUGUACUGACCCGUCUUCUACCCGUCCAGUCCCUUCUCCCAGUAAGCUGCGAACCCCGGCCACUCCGUCUCCCCUGGCCCUGAGGCAGCCUGUGAAGGCCACGUCUACCCCUGGCUCUGGAGCCUCUACCCCCACACGCUCCCUGGGCCCAGCACGCAGCGGCCUUCCCCGGCCCAGUGCAGGAGGGGGUGGAGGAGGAGGCAGCAUCCCCGUGCCUCGCAGCAAACUGGCCCAGCCAGUACGCAGGUAGGUACGCACAUUACACACAGCUUCAAAGCAAGUUUAGUUGUCAUGUCAGUUGAUUACAGGUGUAUCAGACCUUUUUAGUCUUGCCUAAUGCCUCACAGAACUAAUCUGUUUCUCUGGCUCUUCUCUUCCUCAGGUCUCUACCUGCCCCUCGGACCUACAAUGGUGGAAGGGAAGGGGAGAACUGGAGAGAGGGCUGCUACUGAGGCUGGCCUGGUCAGCAGGGGGGAUCAGCACAAAGAGGCAGACAAACAUUACAAUGCGGCACUUUAUCAACCAAGAUUACUUUUACCAUGAAUCAAGGAAGAAACUAUAUCAAAAGACACAAAGUCAAAUUCGUCUUACUAUCAUGAGGAACAUGAUCUGAACAUGGUGUGUGUCUGUGCGGAGAGGAUCUGAAGUGGCCAGGCAGGGCUGACAGGCAGAAGCCUAUAGAGAAUGCCAAAGAAACCAGCCAAGCUCCAGCAUCCCGGCGCCACCAGAGGGCACUUUUAUCUGCCUCAGUGUGUCUGUUCAGCAAUCAGUCAAUAAAUCUUCACACAAUGCUUCUCUCCUUCUCCUCUCCUUCCCUCGUCUCCCUCUAUUUUUUCACCUCCCUCAGGUUGAAGUGUUUGUACACAUUUCUCUUUUUGCAGUCUGUUCUCAACAGAUGCCUUUGUCAGAGAUCUCUAUGAUGAUGCUGUGCAGGUAAAAUGUUCCCUUAAUGUUAAAGAAUUGUGAACGUUUUACGAAGUGUUGUCAAAAAUCAUAGUUUUUUCCUCUUGUGAAUCAACUAGAAUGUAUUGAAAGGUUUGUGACAUUAUUUAUUCAAAUCAUUAUUUAAAGAGUUCAUUUUCCAAAUAUCCAUAUUCAGUAUUUGUUUUCUAUUGAUUUGAAUCAUUAAAAAAAAAAUGUUUAUUUUAUUUUGAACCUCUACUGCAAAGCUAAUUCUCCAAAGUAUUUUUAGAUGGUUUCAUAACAGGACAUUUGAGUGUUGAUGUUUUUAUGUUGAGAACACACAUGUAACUGGUAGAAACAGGCUAAAGCCCCACCCCAGACCUAACCAUAACUAUGGUUUAACCUGUAUCGACUAUCACAUCUGUUCCAGGGCUGGCUAGUCAUGUUGAGCUGCGCAGUCGUCACAAUCUCAAUCCAGAUCUACUUCUGGUUUGGUUAGUUAGUUCCAUCUGCUUUCCACCAUUAGAUUAAUAUGCAGUUGCAACAUCCAGACAGUAUAGUCAGAGACAUGUAAUCCCUCUAAAACAUAUGUAAAAUCCAGCCCUUGUAGCCAUGAGAUACGAGCAUGCAGCAAAGGCUUGAUGUAGUUAAUUUAAAACCUGCAACAAUAUUGUCAGUGUAUGUUAUGUCAAGACAGGGAAUAAAUGAUCCUGACAAAUAAGAUUAUAAUGGAAAAGUUCAAUAGGUCAGUGGCCAUUGCCACUUGUGCUUUAAAAUAAAUCAAAGAGGAGUGCCGAGAUUCAUAGGGAUGGUAUUAGUGUGCCAUAAAUUAAUGAACUAGUGCCUAUUAAUUUCAAGUUUCACUUUAUUUUGAAUGUGCUUUUUAUUUGUUCAUUUAUCAUUAUGUGCCAAUGUCAUGGUUUGCUAAUAUAAGUUGUCUUUGCAUUUCUGCUUGAUUUUGUUUGGGCUAAUAUACUUUUGUUAAUUUUGUAAUUGUAUCAACAAUACAUUUAUAAUUGAUUUUGGAAAAAGUAUAUGCCCCUUGAUAUAACUAAUUACUCUCAUUCUUUAAAUGAAACUAUUUAUUUAAGAGAGAGGUGCCUCUGUAUGUCAAGGUUUGGAUUUAGUGGAAAGCUUGGGCUAUUGUUGCGAAGACAUGCCACACCAUUUUGUGUGAUUAGUUUUUCUUAAUGAUUUUUUUUUUAUAUCCACCUAAAUGACAUUCAG